AUGGCCCACAAAAAAGCUUUGGAAGCCUUGGACCGUACAAUGAAAGAUCUUCGCGAUAACCGAAAUGCCUUCGGCGGUGGAUUAAUCAUCUUAUCAGGGGAUUUCCGUCAAACAUUACCUGUUAUUCCGCGCGCAACCCCCGCGGAUGAACUGAAUGCGUGUCUCAAAUCUUCUUAUUUAUGGCCAAAUGUAAAAAAACUGUCACUUAAAACAAAUAUGCGCGUCAUCUUACAAAGCGAUCCAUCCGCGGAACGUUUCGCGAAACAAUUAUUACAAAUCGGUAAUGGAGAAAUUGGCCCAGAGCCAUCAUCCCGCAAUAUUGUUUUACCCACCGACUUCUGUAAUAGCGUUACAUCGGACAAUGCGUUAAUCGAUAGUGUUUUCCCCCUACUUAUACAAAAUUAUAACGAUCAUCGAUGGUUAAGUGAAAGAGCGAUUUUAGCACCCACCAAUAUCGAUGUUGAUGCCAUUAACAGGGCAAUACAAAAUCGGAUCCCCGGGGACAUCAUGUCUUAUAAAUCCAUUGAUACAGUGUUGAAUCAGGAUGAAGCUGUAGAAUACCCCACAGAAUUCUUGAAUUCCCUUGAUUUACCCGGAAUGCCACCGCAUGAUCUUAAAUUGAAAAUCGGAGUACCAAUCAUAAUUCUCCGGAAUAUAAAUCCACCGCGACUCUGCAACGGAACGAGAUUGUCGGUGAAACAAUUGAUGAAUAAUAUAAUCGAAGGAACUAUCUUAAAUGGAAAAUUCAAGGGGGAACAAGUUCUCCUACCGCGCAUUCCCUUGAUACCAUCUGAUUUGCCCUUUGAAUUCAAACGAUUACAAUUUCCGGUACGUCUAGCGUUUGCAAUGACCAUUAACAAAGCACAGGGACAAUCGUUGCAAAUUUGUGGUGUGAAUUUAUUGAAUCCCUGUUUCUCUCACGGACAGCUGUAUGUUGCAUGCUCCCGUGUCGGAAAACCGCAAGAUUUAUAUAUUCUCGCUUCGGGAGGGAAAACAACAAACAUAGUAUAUCCACAAGCUCUCGAAUAA